AUGCCAGUGUGGCAGGAACCAUUUGUUGAAGUGAUUAAGUAUGGAAUGACACAUAACAACGUUGGUUGGCACACACAAGGCCACGUUGAGCAGACUCAGGAUAAACAUAUUCAUCAGAAUAUUUUCAAGAUUCGCGGAGCUAUUGCCGCUACAAACUUUCUUCGAGUGCCAAGGGAUAUCUCAAAAGGAACUCACGGACUUGGUCUUACUGGGCGCUACGUAUAUCUCCAAGUUCGACGAAUUAAAAAUCUUCCGAUGACAAUUCAUCUGGAUUUUGUCACGAGCAAAAAGACACCAUUGCGAUUUACCCUGAGCUCCAUUUAUGAGCUUUUUCGAGGUACUGGGACUGUACUGAGAGUACCGUUAAGUCUGGAUACCAGAUGGACUGUUGUUGUCGUCGAUAUGGUGCGCUUACUGGAGCGUCAUUCCUACACCCAGCACGCACGAGAUACCUAUCGUCAUCUGAAGGCUGUAACUUUGUGUGCCUCAAUGAAUCUUCGCAACUUUUUUGUGUCUGCUACGCUGUUCACAACCGAGACUUUACCCAGCUCACUACAAUUUGCAAGCGAUUCAAAGCAUCCAAAUUGCUGGAUUAUCAUACCUUCCGAUGAUGUCGACGGUGUCAAUCACCAAUUUCUUGAUCUGACUAAGCAGGAGGAUCUUCGGAUUGCUGCAUCGCCCACGUUAGAUCCAAAGCGCCAAAGCUUAAACAAAUCCACAAAGUUCAUUCACAGCAACACCAGAAUUGUAAAAUGUUUGCCAUCAUACGACGCGCCAAGCGCCACAUCAGACGUUCUGUUCAAUACAUUCGAUAUUCAGUCUAAGAAAGACCCGUUUUCAUCCAACACAGUGAUGCCAGUCAAUCAGGAGAUGGUAGAGAAUCCAGAUCUCAUUGACUUUGCGUAUCGGGCAUUCUAUUCACCUAAAUGUACACAGCAAGAAGCAUGCACACAACUUAUCUCGUCACCCACAAAGGCUGAUAAGUCAGAUCCAAUCUUAAAACUUGAGCGUAUUAUCGGGUUCUCGAAUGACUACUUUCGCAUGCUUCUUUGGGUUCCUGACGGUUCGGCAUAUGUCUAUGCUAAUAACUCAACGAUCGUCUAUCGAGAAUUUUCUGACGAAAAAAAUGUUUCAAUGGAGACCUUUGAUUCUGCAAAGGGAUCUAAUAUAAUAGAUAAUUUAGCUUCUACAACCAGAGAAUCUUUCAUGUAUGGUCACAAUUCUGCGGUUUGCGCUCUUGCGAUCACGAGCGACGGACGUUUUCUUGCAUCUGCAGAAUUGCCAUCACAGACAAAACAAAAUGCCGUUAGGCUCUGGAAUCUCACAAGUCGCGAAUGUAUCACCGUCGUCCAGGCUCAAUCAAAAGGUGUAGAUGUGCUUUGCUUUUCACCUCGUUCAAAAGAUCUGUUGAUGCUCUGCAUUGUGGGUCGCGACGAGUGCUUUCGUACGCAAAUUUUAAUUUGGAAUUGCUUGAAUCUUCUUGGAAGCACACCUUCUGUAGUACAAUUACUGGCACGACAAACAUCCGAUUUUCCAAUAAAUCGGAUUGCCUUCUCUCCAUACGAACAGCAAGACCAUUAUCACCUCAUAUCCUGUGGUCGUGAAAAUAUCCGCUAUUGGCGUGUGAAUUCGAAGUCAGGCCAUCUAACCGGAUCUCCUGUAAUUUUAAACGAGUAUUCUCGUGGAAUUGAGUUUACAGAUAUCGGUUUUGAUCCGCUUUUCGAGACACAUCCAUCCAAUAUCCACCCAGUGCGUCCAUUGUACGUUUCAUCAAGCCUCGGUACUUUACUAGUGAUCAACUAUGAUUCCAAAGAUAUUCUUUGUGUAUACCAGCUUCACGAUGCCAAAAUCAACUGUUUAUCGAUUAAUGAAGGCUUCUGUGUUACUGGAUCGGAUGACUGUUUUCUUCGUGUGUGGCCGUUAGAUUUUUCGGAUUUCUUCUUAGAAGCUCAACAUGAAGCUGGGAUCAAGUGCAUAGAUGUAUCAGUAGAUGGAAUCAAAGUGCUCGUUGGUAGUCGUAAUAAUGCAAUUGGAGUUUUGGAUAUCUCAAGUCAAGAAUACACGACUUUGCUGCGUUGUCAUACGAAAAAGAUCACGGCCAUGACAACAACACCUUGGAAAUCUCCUCCUGCGUCUUUGUUACAUGAAGAUGCAAAAUUGAGUACUUCGAAAAGUGAGCUGGUAACUGCAUCAGAGGAUGGCACUUUGCGAGUUUGGGACACGUCGUCUGGACAGCAGCUGUAUGAGUUUUACUUUGAGCAAGAAAGUGUGACAAGUUUGGCUGCUUCACCUCUUAAUUGUGGCAUUGUCGCAGUGGGUUUUGAUUCAGGCUUCACGCGAAUCUUUGACGUUCAUCAGGUAUCAGAGACUGGUACAACGGAAUCGCAAUCAAGCUUUGUGCACGAGCUUAAGCAGCAUCAAAGCGCAAUUCGGCACAUCGCAUUCGAUGUUAGUGCGCACCACCUUUUUAAUUCAGGAGAAGGCAGACAAUUGUGCUUGUACGAUGCCAAAGAUCAAGAGUACGUGCCACUCAAGAUGGUACUUGCCGACUUUGAUCCUGAGGAUGGUCAUUUCGAAGUGAGCCACAACGGUAAAUGGCUAGCAUUCAUCAGUAGUGAUCAUCGAGAGAUAGUGAUGCUAAAUCCGUAUUCGUUGCGUGUCAUUUCUAAAAUCCAACCUCCAAAGCAGAGACAAGAGGACACGUUAAAAGUUGCACGUUUCAAUGUCAACUCGUCCGAGUUGCUUGUAUUAUCGAUGAGAGAUCGACUUCACAUUUUCUCAUUGCCAGAACGUCAAUGGGUUCAGUCGUUGUCGCUCUGUGGUCAAAAUGGUAUAAGUUCUUUUCUGAUGAGUUUCAAUGAAAAGUACAUGAUAUCUGGAGGAAUGGAUGGGUCAAUACGUGUUUGGGAUUGGGAUGACAAAAGACGACGAGGUCGAAUUCACCAGUCGUUUUUCGGUCACACUGGGAGAGUAAACAACUUGGCUAUUACAAGAGAUGGUCAAAGCCUUGUCGCUACGGGAAACCUGAACGCAAUUAGCAUCUGGCGAGUCUGCGUCAACUCAUUCAUUUUCAAAGAAACAACGAAAGGAUACAAAGAGCAAACGCUUGCUGUAUCCGACGAAAAUUCGAGUAAGAAGGCAAAUUCGCAAGCCAGACCUACCGAGAUAUCAAACUUUAGACUAGGUUUGAAAGCUUUUCAGCUUAAUUUUGAAGGAUUAGAAAUCACACAGCGUGGAGAGGUUACAUGUCUAUCAAGCGAUUCAACGAAUGUGCAAGAAGUCGAAUGUCCAACAACGGUUGUGAAUACAACUACAAGUUUCGUUGGUGACCUUGUUCUUUCUCAAACAAUUUGCGGAUUCUGUUCAUCUAACUUUGCUUGGUCUUACUCCAUGGGUAAAUUGCUAAUGACCACUGGCUCAAUGUUAGUGGUGGAGAAUAUUGCUACGGGUAAACAAGAGUUUUAUGAUGAUGCUAGCCAACCUGAGAUGGAUGAAUCAAAUGAGAUUGCGUUACUGCAACUGUCACCUGAUGGUGCCUAUGUCGCGACAAUUUCGUCUCGAUUUGACUAUGUGAUAAUUCGAUCCAUUGCCGGCAAUCGUGAAGUCAAGACAUCGUCUCAUGAGGACAUAAUUGCACAGUGUGACAGUGAAAAGAUUCGAAUCAAUCUACUUCCGUAUACUCGUGUUGUCACUUGUCUAGCAUUUGCUCAGAAUUUCAACCAAAAAAGAAUCGACAAAGUGGUCUGUAUGGCUUGUGAGGUCGAACAAUCCCAAACCGGAGUUGUAAUCGCUAGCCUAAGGCAACGAAGUAUUAUUUGGUCUAGUAUAAGCGCAGGCGGAACGCAACUACCUCGCAUUCGACAAAUCAUAGCGACUUCCGAUUCUCAGUUUCUUUUACUAUCUACUGAGCUCAGCAGUAUCAGCACCGUUAAGGUCUAUCAAAAUGAAAUUGAAGAUGAUUCUAAUAUCGCGAUAGAAGCUGUGAUUGAGCCGUUAAUCAAUGCUUUUCCCACUCAAGUGCAGCUCUUUAGUCUGUUUAGCAAGGAAGGACAAUCAGAUCAAUUGCGCUACCUCGUAGGCAUCGAUAACGAUCGAUACUGCUACUUCUAUGACCUUCAGCACCGAUCUUUUGUUGCGACGACUCAACUAUUAAUUCCUAUCAAAUUCAAGAGUAGCAAUAACCAGGUCAAUGAUCAAAAGGGUGUAUCUUCUUUUUUGGUCGAGGUCAUGGAGUGGGUGACUACGGCUGAAAAGUCUCUGAUUAUUACCGGUUCAACAUCAGAGAGCGUACUUUUUGUUCAUGCACUCCCCAUGUUAUCAACAAAAUAUUCAACUCGUAUUCAAAUAGAUUGGCAGCGUUUGGCUCGAGCAGGUGUUUCGCUUAUGUGUCAAAUUUCUUUGCCUGAUGGUGGGUUACUGCGAGGUCUUUCAGUUGAUCCCGCUCGUGAUGUUGGCAUUGCCACGACGAAUUAUGGUACAGCUAUCCUCAUUCAUUUCGAAGCAUGUCCGACAACAAAAGUGCUUCGAGAAACGGCUAGGGGCAAUAUCAAACACAGCCAGCCUUUUGUUGCUAUAAGAAAUGCCUCCUGGGCCCUUGACGGCACCGUGAUCCUGUUGACUUCUGAAAAUGACAACGCUAUUCGCGUAUGGCUUCCAGAAAUAGCGAGAGAAAUUGCAGCGUUUAAAACUGACUCAGCAACUUGCACUUGUUUUGCAGUCAAUCCGUUCUCGACUAAUGGCGUACCCCAGUCAAUGGUCAUGGCUGGAUACAGCGAUGGAUCGCUUCGAGUGUUUGAUCUUUGUGACAUGCGCCUGUUAUCAAAAUUUGAGCUUUCAUUAUCACAAGUUAAGUCAGCGCGAAUUGAAGGCGCGAUAUUUGUUCGAAUAGUCUUUGUAGGCUCAUUUUCUGCACUCAUCGUAACACAUGACAGUCGUGUAAUGCUCGUGAACAUAGCAAAUGCGUUAUUAGAAUCUGAAGAAGCUCAAGUCUGUGACACUCAAGCACGUCAAACUCCUUCAAAGCGAAUGAGAUCUCGGGCUUACAAGAAAACGCUACGUCAACGUUCAGGAACGAAGUUGAAGCCUCAUUCUUCGAGGAGAACGAAAAGGGAUUACCAUGUGGUCUACCAAAUGUUAUCUUUGCUCCCGACAAUAUCAAAUUUGACACAAGGUGAAGAGAUCUCCAUGGAAAUUGGGGUUGUUGAAGUGAUGGAAUCAAGUGACAUGGAUAUUCACCCCUUCCUCAUCGUGAUCAAGUAUACUGGUUUAGCUAGGUCUCACGUAGAGAAAUAA